GAAGAGAAUCCAGCAGAUCGGGGCAAGAUGUCGGAGUGAAUGAGGCUGAAGGGAUGGGCGUUGUCCGCGAAAGCUCUGGCGGGGAGCCGACUCCUUCGGAGAAGAAGCGCAAGCGACAGAGGAUGGUGCGAGAGGAGGUGGCGGAGGGAACCCUCCAUAUGAAGAGGAUGAGAGGAAAAUCGGAGGCGGUGAUGGGCGGGGAUGGAGGUGACGUCGGAGAACGCGCCUCGGGAAAGAGGCCGUCGAAGGAAGAGGGUGAGACAACAAGUAAAAAAGCGAGGAAGCCCGACGGUUUGACCAUCCGCGAAGGACAAGCCAUGGGUGGAGGAGAUUCGGCUAAUCCAGGCACUGGGGCCGCGAGAGAACCUUCCGGGAAAUCGAAACGGAAAGUGGCAGCUGAAGAAGGCGAUGGCCAGAAGAAACCUCGAAGUCGGAAGACUGCUGAGGCGGCGAGCGGUGGCGAACGGCCUGUCGGUGAGGAGUGCGACGAAGCGGCAACGUUCUGGCUCGAUUACGAGCGGAACGAUGGCGGUGAAAUUGUGGAGAAGGAGCUCCCCGUCCAACUGCUCAUCGACCCCAGGAAGGUCUGCAACAUCCCGCCUUGGGAAAGAUAUUACAACCACCACAGUCUAAGUCGCGGAACUGUGGAUGAAAUCAAGGAUGCGAUGCUGAGUCAAUUCAGCGAGAAAACGGGGAAGAUCUGGACGAAAAACCCUUUGGUUCUGGCACCCAUCUACAAGCUGGUGGCGCGUAGGCCGGAUAAAGCUGACAGGGUUCACAAAGAUGUCUUCAAGCCAGAGGACAAGGACAAGUACUACUAUUACCCUGUUAACGGACAACACACCGUGGCUGCUGUGAAGGAGUUGGAGGGUGAGCCAAUAUUCGAUUUGUGGAAGAUGAACUCGUGGCCGGCGAGAUGGAUGUCGCUCGUGACGGCCGGUGAUGACGUUUUCCGCAAAGCCAUGGAGUUCUAUGCGAAAUGGGCGGAGGGGAAGUUGUUGGGCGGCGAAGGCAAGACGCCAUUGUCGAGGCCGGGCAAAUACAUGCCAGACAGAUCUCCAGGUCAACAAGCAAUUCCGGAAAUUGGCUUGAAAGGGGCGGCUGGUGAAACGAAGAUGGGGUGGUUGGUCCAGGUCCCGCCGCCUCCGACCAAAAAGAAAACGCAAGCAAACGACAAGUUUUUCGUGGUCGUGAAGGAGCCGGACAUGUUCUGUUGGCAGUGUCUCGCCGACAUGACCGAUGUCGAAAAACUGUCGAUCCUCGACGACGUUCUCGCACUAAGGCGAGUGUUCGUGCAAUCCGCGGGCGGGCAUCUGAAGCGUCAGCAUAAACCUGGAAUUAAAGACAUGGUCACGACGAGGAAAGUGGACCGUGUGAUGCUCCAUAUGUUGCACUACAUCUUGUUCCUUGAAACGGAGGAGGACGAACGUGUUUGGCGCUACGGGAGCCCUUUUUUCCGGACCGAGGGGUGGCUUCUGGAGGAGUUCGGGCCGCAGGGCCUCAUGAAACAGGUGUGGGUCGAAAUGCGAAAGCAUUUCAUGGGCGCGGUGGAGUACGUAAAAACUUGCAAACGUACUCUUCCGCACGAGAAGGAGUCCCUCGACGACGUGAAAAAAUUGUACGAUGAUGACAGGACGGAGGUUUGGGACUUCCUUUUCCAACCCGGACCGCCUGGUCCGACCGACCUCGAAUACAAUCGACGGAGAAACCUGGUGUUCGGUGUGCUCAAUGGGUACCACGAUGCACCCAGGGAGUCUGUCUCGCAUUUCCUGAGAAGGCUGGAGCACGUUUACUUCACGCUGGCCGAACCGCUCACCCUCGAAAACUACAAGUCACAGUUUGACGAGGAGGACCCUUUCGAUGCUGAAGACAUGGAGGAGCUGAGCGACCCCGAAACCUUCGAUUUCAAGUCCAUGCCACUUCCUCGGGUGGUUGGACAGGUUGGUGAUGAAGAGGAAGGUGGCCCUCGGAGAUAUAGCAUGUCCCCUGCUGGUUUGAAGCGUGUGUUUCGGGGAGAUCCAGUCGACGACCAUUCAUCUGAUGACGGGGACGAAGAGAGAGACUAUGAUCACGAACCUUGUGACAGGCUCCCUGAGGACCACGACACCUGGCAGAAUGACAGACUAUACUUCUUCGGCAAGCAUCACCGGUUCACGGCGGAGGAUGUCUCGGGACACAACGUCGUCUGGCACCCGAGGAUAUUCCAACCUGCUGUGAAGAAUGGAAUGUGGGUCAUGGCAAUGAAGGAGGCCGAUGGCAAGUGGAGUGGACUGAAGAGACUGGGAGCGGGUGCAUUUAAGAGAACGGGGAGACAUGCUCUGGUGGAGCAUUUGAGUCUUAUAAACCCCGAGAGGAACGAUCCGGACGUUGCUGCGUAUGCAGAACAAAAGCUAAAUGAGUUGUACGCCAACAACAUGUUGGAGUUUCGAGCGCCUUUCUACACACUCGAAACGGCAUUGUCUCGUGGCAUUGACUGGCGCACGCCGCAACCUCCGUCGAGCGGUCAGCAUCCAGGAGGGGGUGGAGGAGGAGACGAAGGAGACGGCGGAGGUGACGGAGGAGACAACUCACAGUUUGCCGGAAAGGGGACGGGGAAGACAUCAUCGGUAGAGAAGGCGUCCGACGGAAAGGGGUCAGGCGGAAAGGACUCGGGCGGAAAGGGGUCGGGCGGGAAGGGGUCGGGCGGGAAGGGGUCGGGCGGGAAGGGGUCGGGCGGAAAGGGGUCGGGCGGAAAGCGUAGAACGUCUGGUAGUCCCCAGUAUAGGGAAACUGACCCCCACUGCGUAGGGAGUCGAGAUUCCGACAUGCGAGACGAGGCCACUCUGAAGUCUGAUCAAGUGCGAGUAGAUUCGCACUUGUCUGCGAGGACCUUGUUUCCCGUUGCCGAGGAGAGUCCAUCUCGCUGUGCGCAGCAGAGGUUUCUUGUGCUCAACACCUUGCUCCUGAAAGAGGGCGCGUCUUCGUUUUGCCUGGAGGACGGGAUGCCUGCAUUGCGAAGGAGCGAAGGAGUGUUGGAGACCGGGGGUGGCGAGUAUGAACAUCAUACUCCUAGGGAAGAGGAGCGCUCUCCGGGAGCGUGUGCUAUACAUAGGGAAGAGGAGACUCAACACUGGCAGUCUCGCAAAGUAUUGGAGACCGGGGGUAGCGAGUGUGAACGUCAUGCUUCGGAGGGACCCAGUGCAUCCAUGGACACUGACAGCGAGAGUGCAGGAGCUCCGGGGGAAACGCAUGCUCUACAGCGGGGAGAGGAGACUCGACACUGGCCGCCUCGGGAAGACGUGAAGGGGCUCCACGCACGAGCGCUGGUGAUCGGGACAUCCAAAGAGGUUUUGCACAGUCGGUCGGGUGUGGCCACGACGCGAGAGGGUGUCGUUAUGGGAGGUCAGUGGACGUUCGUGCAAGCUCCCGUUCUUGGCGACGAUGAAGACGAAAAAGAACCUGCGGUGGAAGCUCGGGUUCAUGGCGAUGAGAAAGGCGGAGAACCCGUGGUGGAAGGCGGUGAGGUGACUGUCGGCAUCCAGACGGAUCCACAGCGAAAAGAUGGUGAUUCUUCGCUCACCCGUUGCGGUGAAGAACAAGGUGGUCGAGCGUCUGUCCUAAGCACUGCUCGGGGAAUGGUGCUUCAUGAAGCCAUUGAGUUGGGUGACGACUCGGCUGCCACCAAGCUGGUUAGCGACUCAGGCGUGGCCGAGAUGCAGAACGUUGAAUCCUCCGUGGAAGGCGGUGAGGUGGCCGUCAACAUCAAGAUGGAUCCAGAGCGGAAAAAUCAUGAUUCUCCGUCCACCCGUUGCGGUGCAGAACAGGGUGAUCGAGCAUUUGUCCUCAGUACCGGUCGGGAAAUGGUGCUUCAUGAAGCCAUCGACUUGCCAAGCGACUCAGCUGCCACCGAGCUGGUUAGCGACACAGUCGUGGCCGAGGUGCAGAACCUCGAAUUGUCCGUGGACGUUGGCGCGGUGGCGCGACAGGAGGGCAAGUUCCCUCAAAGGGCUCCCGAGCACGGUAAGAUUUGUGAAUAGGCGCACUCGCAUAUCUGUCACUAGCCAACUCUAUGUUCGUCCAAAUUGAUGU